AUAAUUCUAACUUCCCCAUAGCUAAACAUUUUUCAUUUAAUAGUUAUACAUUAACCCCUGGAGUAAUCUGGAGGAAUUUGAUAGCAAUUUAUUAGAAGUGCGCCAUCUAAAGUUAAAAUUUUUUAAAACUUCGUUUAAGUUGUUAUUUCCUGUUUGAGCCUGGAUUGUUGUAUUUGCGUUUCCUUCUUCGUAUAUGAACAUGGAAAACGUCAAUUACAGACUAUCGACAUCUAAGUUACUAUUAGGGAUCAUCACAUUUUAAUGUGACUGUUUCCACGUCUGUCUUCCACUUGACAUAUCGCGUCGAUUUACUUAUAUCAAAGAGAACAGCACAAUGGCUAGCUAUAUUCCACAUAACACUGUACGAGUGUAUCUAUAUAAUUCAGCAGAGCCAUUACAAUUCUAUAAUUUAAAUGGAUUAACGGCCGAAAAACUCUGCUAUAUAGUAGCUGCUAAAAUCAAGUAUCAUACAUGUGUGUUGUCAAAUAGAGACAUUACCUCAUUUCAACUGGCGACAAAAGAUGACGUAUCAUGGCUUAGUCCGAGUCGGAAGAUAGAAGGGAAAAUGGAUUUAUGGUUCCGUUUACGCUACCAAUUCAAUCGUGAUAAAGACUGCACUGGAUUAGGUAUAGCUGCAAUGGAAUACUACUACCAUCAGUGUCGAGCUGACUUUCUUCAAGGUCGUUCAUGGGACAUCUUUGAAGAUCAAGAGGUCAUGGGAUUGACGGUGAUGGAUAUGAUGCGCUACGCGCUUGAAAACGACAUCAAUAAAAACAUUAUCAUGAAGAAAGUAAACUAUAAAAAUUAUCUACCAUAUCCACUACCAGCACGAUUAGAUUGGGUGUUCAAGAAGAAGACUCUGAAGAAACGAAUUAAGGAAGGUUUGUGUGAGUUUGCGCAGUCUAGCUGGCAGGUUGCUGACCUUAAACGUACCUAUAUAGCACACUUUGAAAAGAAACAUGAUAAUCUAGGCAUGGAAAUAUUUCAGAAUGGGACUCAAAAGAUUAAAGUCAGUGGAGAUAAUGGUGUAGAGAUCACUGAUGGAAAGUUGGUGAGAACGUUUGAUUUCUGUGAUAUAACUGAUGUAAUGGCAGUUCAUACAAGAUUGAAUGGUAAAAUUGAUGUCACAAUUAACUUGCGUAAAGGACAACCAAUUAGAUCCUGUGAAAUGGAGAGUGAGCAGGCGGAAUCAUUGAUUAGUCUGUUAGAUGGUUACUAUCGGUUACUUGUCGAUUAUUACCAUUUUCUUUGUGAUGAGUACAAGUCACCAAUGCUGGGCAAUCUUCUAGAAGCAAGGUGUCAUGGACCGAUAUCGUAA